GUCUGCUUGCUGGCUUACGUUGCCUCCACCAAUCAACCUCGGCUCCUUACAUGACUCUACCAUACAUUCAAGGACUCAAGGCGCACGGCGGUCAGUGCCAUUAGGCAUUAGGGAGGACUACCUGACCUUACCUCCUUAAGGGCACUCCUGCCUCAGGCGCGACUCGUCAGUAGCGUACUGUACCUCCUAGCUGUACAGUACAUGCACCUCCUUCUACAGCCCAGUACCUCCUAGCGACGCCCGUUAUCUUUCCGUGCAGAAAGAGGCCCUUGCUUCCCCCGAGACCACUCCCUGAGGUUUACCUUACUGCAACAGGGUGACCGUCGCUGGCGGCUGCGCCUUUGGUGCGUAGAUCGUUCGCUGCUGGAAUUGACAAUUAAACCUCAAGACCACGUCUCCCGCUUCUCCUCCUCGACCGCCUACCGUUACUGCCACUGUCACUGCUACUGCCACUGCCUCUGCCUCUGCCACUGCCGCUGCCUCUGCUCCUUCUCCUGCUGCCACUCAUCCCCACCGAGCUGCUGCUCCCAUUGUCCUUCGUCUGAUACACGCCACGUGUGUCCCACCGGGCGGCCGGUCUGAGCUGCGACAGACCAAGCACUGCACAUACCAUUGCAUACCAUCCCGUACCACCGCGGACCAUCGCGCAGUCGCUCGCUCAAACAUGGCUGCAGAAGAGCCAAUCAGGCCUCCUCCGAGAGCGCGACCCGAGUCCACCAUUGCCCAGACCUUUGCGGCUGACCUGGACUCCAUGUUCGGCUUGGGGGAGGUGGACGAGCUGUCCAAGACGAUCGAGCAGAAAAAGUCGACAGUGACGACAGGACAGCAACAGCUGCAAGAGCUUGAAGCGCGGUUGCGCGAAACAGAACAACGCCUGGCAAAAGUGUCACGCCAGAGCUCACCCGCGCGACCUACUGAUCCUGCGCUAUCUAAGCCGCACUCCGAAGACAUUCCAACCGCAGGUGCAGCGAUUUCUAGUCCCCUCACGCAGAGACCCCUCUAUCCCGAUGACAGGCCUCCCACCGGUGAUCGACCCCCUUCGAAGCGCGCAGACCCAAGUCCUCGGGUUUCCAGCCUUCAGACGCCGCAGCAAUUCAAUGGCAGCAAUGAAUACGUGAUGGUGGACCGAAAUGGAGGCCAGGCACAGAGGGGCUAUGGCUAGACGGAUAUAUAGCCAGGGAAGAACUGGGACACGAAGGGUUCGCAGCUCUGGAGACUGUAGUCAAGAACUGAAAGCUGGCUGCGAGACGGUAAAAGCCGUUCUAUUCAGCUCCAUGGCUUGGAGUUGCAUUGUCACUUAGCUGCUGCGAUUAGCAUUGCAAGACAAAACGCUUU